AUGAGCGAUAACUUGGCUUUAAAGCAUGCUUUUGACAUUGAAGUGCAGGUGGACAAGUACUCUGAGGGAGAAACAGACCUAGAUCAGCAAACGAAAAAUCUGAAUUUUACAAUCGUCGGGGGAAGCAUCACCCCGGAAGAGACGUUCACGCCGCGCAUUAAAUCGACCUCAAUCACAGGGAUUGACGAGGCUACGUUGAGUUACAAGGAGAAGAUCUUGCACUUAAAGGUCACUGCUGAAGCACUCAUUGAUCAUGAGAUGGCGUCUGGUCAUGAGACAGGAUUUAGGUCUAAGGUGCAACUCACGUGGUAUGGCGAUGUGAAGCUCGGGAAGGAUGAGGACAGCAUUCUUUAUGGAAACUUCACGGGUGAAACGCAAUUGGGAAAUCCAAUUGCGUGUUUUCGCCUCGAUGGUAAAAGCGAAGAAUUUGCUGGACUUAAAAACCGGACUUUUAUUGGUCAAGGCAAAUUUAAAUGCAAUGGGAACGGGCUGCGCAUAUUCUACCAUGUGAGCGAAGUCACUCAGAAGGGCGGCCGUACGGAAUUGGAAAUCAUGGAAUGCUUGAGAAAUGAGGAAUUUAGAUUUCCACUCAUUCAAUAA